CUCAAGUAACGGAGUAAUUUUAUGGUGGGUUUCUUGGAAUGUGUUUAUUCUCUGUCUUGAUUCUUCGACAAAUAUCCCUAUUACUUCGCUAAAAAGGUUAGUAAAACUACCUUAGAAACGUUAACAUUUAUCGUGUUGUAGAACAUUAAAAUUUCCUUUUUAAAUACAUCAAGCGUGUUGUAAAGUUUCUCGAAGCGGUAAGCAUAAGCCUAUUUCAGAUUUCAGUCGAAAUCUCGUGAUUUUUCAAAAGGAAAAUGGUGCCAUAUUCUGACAUGAAUAGCUGCUGUGAUUUUGUUUGUUUGUUGGAAAUAACUCUAUGAAAUAAUUAUUUAGCCUGUUAUAUUCAUUUAUAUAAGUUGUGUCGAGACCCGAACGCUUUUGGCUCAUGUUCGUCAUGUUCAGAUACUUCGCUGCAAGGGAAUCAGCAGACAUCAGCACAUGCAAUGAUGUGUUGAUGAGGAUUUCCAUGGAAGCCCGGAAGAACUACUAUUUUCUAGUUUAAAUAUUAUUUAAUCUUGGAGCCCUAACAAACUUCCUGCUUUGCUUACUAUUAAGGCAUUGUAUUAAAACUUGUUAUUUUCUUUACAAGGUAGACUGAAAGUCAGGCAGUCCAAUUUAUAAUGACGAAGGUCAUUUUGAGUGCGAUUGUUGUGGUGGUGUUUGAAUUUAUAUCUAUAAACGCAGGUAAAACUAUAUAAAGUAGCUUAAAACCUCACUUUAGUAUAGCAAAUUCUAAAAUACUUGUGAUAAUCAACUCAAGUUUUAAAAUAGCUUGAAAGGAUUGCAUCAUCCAAAAGAAAGUAAAUGAAGGGAAUGGUAUAAUAGUACUGCAGUGGAACUCUGGUGAUUAUGCAAAUAUUUAGUAACAAACUUGAGAGAGACUAUAAUAUGAUCUUAAAGCUUCCACGAUGAAAGCAAAAUCUUUUAUUCAGAAGAGGGAAGGUACAAAAGAAAACCUUGGUGGUGGAGAAAAAAUAUGUAUGAAGUUUUCUUCUAUAUCUGUGAGUUAAGGCAACAGAUCAUGAAAUACUCUGACUUCAGCCUGGAAAAUGCUGAUCUUGAUCAUAUGGUACAUUUUUUUAUUUUCCGAUGGGGCAGUGUAAGAUGCAGACUGCCGACUGACUUUGGACUAUUGUUUUUAGGGUUAGAAAACAAUGGGACUAUUGUUGUCAUGUUCUCAUUUGCAUGGUGAAAACAAUAGUCUGCAGUCUGCGGCAUUUUACACUGACCAAUUUUCCAAUCUGGAUCUGGCAAAUACAUAACUUAUAUGUCUCCUAUCCAUACAGCAAUUCCUUGUCACCCCAGCUGCAGUGGUCAAGGAAUGUGUUUGAAAGAUGGACAAUGUCUGUGUUGGUGGGGAUGGACUGGGCCUAAUGCAAAGUACAUUGUAUCUGGGUCAUUAAAGAACAGAAUACUGGUAAGAGCUGAGUGACCUCCUUAGAAUUUACGGUGAAAAACAAGCAAACAAGGAAAUCAGAAAAAAACAUUUAACCUGAUUUCAUGUAUUCUGGUUCGAGAACAGUAAUGCGGAUUCAUUUAUUUCUUUCACUCCUAUGUCCCUUAUAGACUACUGGUAGUUCACAUGCGUCUAUGGUUCAGGGAUGCCGCUAAGAGCCGGCUGCCGGCUAAUUUCACCGGCUGAAAAAUAGCUUACCAUUGGCUUAAAUUGCUCUGGAAAACAAAGGCAAGGGGUAAUUUUGAAGAUGUAGUUGAAUAAAACAGCCAGCUUGACUAAUAAAAAAGCUUUGUUAUCUUUUCCUUAGCUACAUCCCUGAUAGCUGUGCAGUGCCAGGGCUGUCAAAAAGUUUUUCAGUAGCAGGCUGAUAAUGAAUAGUAGGCGGCUUUGGAACUCGCACCAAAGGCACAAGUUCUUGAGCGCGGAGGCAUCUAGGGACAUUUUGAAAUUUAGAGUCUCGGAAAUCGCGUCUCCUGGGGUGUUCAAUAGGUAUUUUCCACCGCGGACGCCAUGUUGUUUCGUCGGAAUACACGCAAGACUGGAAGCAAUGCCGUCGAAAUGUCCCAGGCGUUCCACGACGUCGCACGGUUCGAACGUUUCACAGAUCUGAAGCUGUUUAAAUAUGCGUUCAAUGUCAUUCAAAACUGGGAAACGGAUGCUUCACAAUUUUAUUCGAUGGUGCUUAUUUUUUUUUAGCAGUCAUGACUCACUUAUGGUAGAAGGAGAUGGAAGUAGCCGGCUAAGGAUGGUGAACUAGCCGGCGGUUUUGGCCGGCUACCGGCCCUUAUUGACAGCCCUGAGUGCAUUCAGAAUGUCGCACCUAAUUUUGCAUAUCCAUAUGCACAUGGCUAGUGCUAAAGCUACUGGGAUUUCAAAACUUUAGAUGAAAGUUUUCUUUGUGUAACUGUAUGGUUGACAUGACCCUUUGACCUAUUGUUUUAAAAUUUAACUUCUCAUUUCUCAUUUGUAAUGGGAAAAAAGAUCCCUGUGCCAUGUUUGGAUCACCUUUUUGCCUGAGAAAUAUACAGUGAAAGACCAAAAAGCGAAUAGCCUCGCUAACUGCAGGCCAGUCCCAAUGUAUCUUUUGUUAUAUUUCCAAAUUUAAAUAAAGUUGAAGUUGACAUUAUUACAUCCAAACACGGCACUAGGAUCUUUUCUCUCAUUACAAUGUUAUUCUAAGAAAACUUUAAGAAAAAAUGUCCCGAAAAGUGCUCAAAAAUACAAACGAAAUGUCCUCAUACCCCCUGGGCAUCCUAUAAUACUCCUUUAAUCGAAUUAAUUCAAUAUGGCUGCUGUAUUGGUAAAAAGGUCUAUAUCAAUACCCUCAUUAGUUCUUCAGACAUCGUUUCAUAGGGAAACGGCUGUUUUCUGUAAGGCUACAGCUGAGUAAGGAAAGAUUAAUUUGCUUUUUCUUCCUUAUUUUUAGGCAGACUACUGCACAACUGCAUGCCAUUAUACUCAUGACUUUCAAAAUCCUUUGUGUGCCAUUACCCCCACGAGGUCCCCAUGUGAUCCAUUAUGUGGCACAGGUACAGCUGAUGUCUAAUAUUUUGGUAGCUCAUUAGUUAAUAAAAUGUUGUUCGGAAGUGGCAAAAAAUCUUUUUUAGUGUUUCUAUUAUUUGGAGAUGUUACUGUAAGUGAAAAAAUGGUUUCUUUUUAGUCUGUGCAAAAACAGUACAACAAGCUUAAGGCAUUCGCAAUUUCUCUUUGGUAGUUAUGUUGGUAUGAGAACAAUCAUCUGCAUGGCAUAUAGGCCAAGAAAAGCUUCAUUGUUUUGUGUAAAAAAUAAUUAAAAGUUUUCUACUCAUAAUCACAAAAAUUAUGUAGCUUAGAAAGGUUCUUAAAUCCUUCUAAAAAGUAUUAACUCUCAAAACAUGCAUGCAAGCAAUAUCCCAAACUGAAGUUGCUGUGAAGGUAUAUUCCUGGCUCUUUUACCAGUGCAUAGUGAUACCACUACAUUCUUUGCCUUGGUUACAGCGCUCUGCUCUAAGAGGAGCCGCAGAAAGCCAAGCUGAGUAUUAGAACUGAAAAUCUCGGGGCACUGUUUUUCUUUUAGAAACUAGAAUAUUAUUAUUUUUAUAAUUAAUACUGGUUGACUUGUAAAUCAUCACAGGGACAUACAAUGGCCUGGGAAGAUGUCUGCCCAAUGGGCGUUGUCUCUGCUGGUGGGGCUGGACUGGCCCUAAUGCCACUUAUAUCAAUGGAGGAAUGUACACUAACAGAAUUGUGGUAAGGAUCAUGUUGUAGCGAGGAGAAGAGAAUUGAGGAGUGAAAAAAAGAGGGUAGUAGGGGUCGGGGUGGCCUGAAUUUUGGUUGACUUACUUUGCUACAUUGUCUUGGGUCUCCUGGCUGGUUCCUUUACAGAACAAAAAGGAGUGGCUAAGAAAGGCAUGUCUGAUAGCACAGGGAUGGUGAGUUUUGGUAUUGGCCUGGUAAAUUUUGUUCUUAACUUGCCUGAUGGGCUAGUGAAGUUUUUUGGGAUGAUUCAAAUAACAGAAGAACUGUAAUCAAUCCUGCUUGUCAAAAUUUUUUUCAGGCUAUUUAAAAUGGCCCUUGGAUUAGUUAGUAAUCACAUUAUGCUAGUUAAAAACUUGCCCAAAGGGUAAGCUGUAAAACUGACUUUUUUGUACCCUGCAAAAUUUAUUUCACGCUCACGGGUUUGUUUUUAUUCCUCAAAGGCUGAUAGCUGUACUAAAAGCUGCAGCUACACACACGUUUACAGAAAUAACAAAUGUGUUACAGCUUCAACAACAACCAAACCAUCAACACAGCCACUGAGUACAGGAAGCCCAACAACAGGGAUACCAAGCACAGUGAAACCAACUAUCCCCCAAGUGUGCAGUGUGCCAGUUAACAAAACUGUGCCACCCCUCUCCUGUGAUCCACUAUGUGGUUCAGGUAACUAGUAUCUGUUCCUUGAAAGCAGUGUAUUAUAGAUAGAAUCUCAAGAGUUGCUUAUUUACUAAAGCACAAUUAUAACAGACACUAGGGAGAGUAUACUCACAGCAAAGACAAUACCAGCCACAGUCCCCCACGGUAAGCGCUACUCUUUUUAGGUUGUGCUGCUUAUUUGGGGUGGGGAGGGAGUGUAAGGCUAAGUAUUCAGAUUUUUGCUCCUAAGUGUGACAUGUAUUCAAGGGCCACACUGUUCAAGUAAAUAUGAUAUAUGGAACUGAUUCUUUAAUUUUCAAACAAGCUUAUAAGGCAGAAUGCAGGAAAGAUUUCACACUCUUCUGCUGUGCUUGGCAGAGGUAAAAGAAGGUUCCCCUUCCCCACUCCCUUGACAAGAUGUUCCAGUCUUGUUUGAGAGUGUCACUGAAUUUUGGUUGCAGGUCCAACUUAUCACAGUACUGGACAGUGUCUCUCCAAUGGGCGUUGUCUCUGCUGGUGGGGGUGGACUGGUGCAAAUGCCUGCUAUGUUGAUGGAGGAAUUUACAACAAUAGAAUUUUGGUAGGUGUUGUUGUAACAUGAUUUAAGGGAACUGUUAAAGCUUACUUGGCUUUUAGGUAUCAUUAGUAGCUCUGUCAGUUUUUUGUGUUUAUGGUAUAACAAGGGGGUCCUCCCAUGUCAUGCACAUUUAUUUUUGUUUUAUUUUUCUCUCUAAAGGCUGACAGUUGUGUUAAAAGUUGCCAUUACACACAUGUGUACAGAAAUAAUAAGUGUGUUACAGCUGCACCGACAACCAAACCGUCAACACUGCCACCGAGUACAGGGGGCCCAACAUCCAUUCCUUUGACAACUGUGAUACCCAGCACAGGGACUCCCAGUACUGUGAAACCAACUACGGGGAAACUAGUAUCUACAACUUCAAGAAGUCCAACAACAGGCAUGCCAACAACAAUGAAACCAACUGCAGGGAAGUCAAGCACUCUGAAUCCAACCACAGGUAACCCAACAUCGUCAAAUCCAACCACGGGAAAACAAGUAACUACAGUACCACCAAGUACAAAAACCCAAACAACUGUCUUUCCAACUAAAUUCAAACCAACCUCAGGCCAGUCUAGCACUAUGAAACUAACCACAGGUAACUUAGCAUCAUCUAAUCCAACAACACGAAAACAAGCAACUUCACUGCCAUCAACUACAAAAAGUCAAACGACAUGGUACCCAACUACACUGAAACCAACCACAGAAAAGUCAAGCACUAUGAAAUCAACCACAGGACACCCAACUACCAAGUAUGCACCUCCAACAAGGCAAAGCACUAGUACAUUAAAAGUAACCACAGGACAACCAUCAACAAAACAGAAGACAAGUCAGCAACCUGCAAGUACAAAAACAGUAAAACCAUCCACGAAGGUGUUAACAACACAAGCCCCAAUACCCACGACCACAGCUGCUGCUACCACAACCCAAGCUACCACUAUAGAACCAACGGAGCCCCCAGAGCCCACAGAACCUCCUGAGGCCGAUGAUUCUCUUGGAGCACUUGCCAACCUUCAAGUAAGGAUGCUGUAAACACCCAGUAGUGUGUGUAAAUUAAGACCAUGCCACCCUGGGAAUGGUUGCCUUGACUUGUUAGGACUCAUCAGUGUGGCAUACCCCCAGGGAGACUACAUUGCUUGAAAGUACAGGGCUUGAAAACAACUUUUAAUUCCAGGUGAAAGCAGCUCUUAAGUUCUGCUUGUUCCCAGGGGGAUGGGGGAAGCUACAAUGUACAUGCUCCUGUCAGUUUACUUGUUAGUCAGAAGAUGACUUGCUGGGCCCUUGCCGAUCAGGCAAGUACAUGUACAUAUGUUGUAGUUAAUUUUUUAUCUCAGGUAAUUUUUAUUUUUCAUUUGUUUCAACAUCAUUAACAUAUAUUACCAUACCAAAAAACAAAAGACAAACAAAAGUUACCUGAGAUAAAAAAUUAACUACAACACAUACAUAAGUGUAAGUGUGAAAAGUUACUUGCCUGAAUAGAAAAUCUACUUAGGACUGUUUUCAAGCCCUGCGUAACCAUGUAUGAAAUGCCCUUUGCUGCUGGAGCAAGUGUAAGGCACUCAAUCUUUAAGCCCCUUUUAAACAUGCUACCAUGGCUGUAGAGAUGGGGCUUGUUUUGUUGGAAGGAUUUGCCCUGCAAUUAAAUCAUUUUUGUUACCAAUUCUAUUACCAAGAACUUUGUUAAGCCAAACACAGAUAGCGUGGUUUAAGUCGUCCCUUGGCAACUCAUUAGCAGACUCCACUCUAACAACCCAUGUUUUGUUCCCCACCAGUUACAAAAUGAUGCUGAAGUUGCAAAGUCAAAAGAAAGUGGAAAGAAAGAAGUCACGAAGGAGAAGGAUUUCAGUCCCACUGCACUGGUGAUAGUUGGCGUUGUGCUACUGCUUUGUGUUUUGGGGUUGGUGAUUGCUGUUUGGUGGACAUAUGGCAAUGGAAGCCAGGUCCCCAGUCUUCUGCGUGGCUAUGAACCAGUUGAAGGUGGCGAUUCCAACAUGAUGAUGCAGGAGUUAUCACAGACAGCUCCGCUGCCUUAGUGAAGAAUGAGCAAUUUAUAGAGAUUGGUUGUGAUCUGUUCUUACAUUAACCAAAAAUAUAUUAGGUUUGAUUACUAGAUGCAUUUUACGCAUUGAAACUGAGGGCGUGUUCCACUACCGUCAUCAUUAAUAGAAGGGAUGCAUGGGAUAAAUCCUCUAGUGACUUUUCACGUAACACCCAAUUUUUUAGUCACCAGCAAAACAAGGAAAUUUGUAUGAGAAUCUAUGAAUUUAUCAGAAGCCUAUAAGGGUUUAAGAACAAAUUUUUACAACAUAACAUUUUUUGCCAAUUCAUGUAUGAAAUUUUGUACCCAGUAGAUAAAUACAAAUUAUCAUUAGCAAAAAUGAAUUUUUGUAACUUGUUUUCAAAUUGUCAUUAUUUUACACUCUGUGGAACUGUUACCAUUUUAUAAUCUCUAAAUUAUAGACUAUGUUAUAGCAACAUUAUGGAACUGAUAAUUCAGUAGUUUUUCAUGCCUUAAUGAAAUAUAUAACUAGAUAUUUUUAUUAACAUAGCAUGAAGAGAAAUGACUUUUUUUAUUGAUAGUUUGAACGUGACAGAAAUGUAUCUGAGGAAAAUUAUUAAAAUAACUGCUGUUUGAUAGUUUAAAAUAUAGGUUACAGUUGAGCCUUGAUUAUCCGGACUCUUUGGGACUUGAGUAAAUUAAGUCUGGAUAAUCGAGAGUCUGGAUAAUAUGAAUAUUAAUGAGACAAAAAUGAAAACUAUCUGAGAUCUGCUGCUUGCUGAUUUUAAACUCGAGUGCUAAAUAUAUUUGUUCCUUUUUCUCCUUUCUCCAAACGUGAAAUAAUCAUUUGCUCAUCCUUUAUUGAGAGAACGGACUGCUUUGGUUGUGUAGACAUGGCUACGAUUUGAGUUUACCAUCAAGUGGUCUUAUGUUUACAUAACCAACAUGGAAUCAAGCAUCACAUUCCCAUAGCAACAUGAAAAUUGAGCCAAUCAGAAUUCAGUUGAAUGCAUCAGAACAACUGUUCAUCUCGUGUCGGUCGUGUUUUUUCAACGCAAAACAGAUUAAAACAGUGUUUCAAACACAUGUUUGGACGGAUAAUUGAACUUUUAAUCAUUUCAGUUGUUCAAGAUCACAUCUUAUUAAUAUUCAUGAAAAGAAACGGGACCAGAGAAACAAGUCUGGAUAACCCAGGUCCUGAUAAUCGAGGCGCGAGUGUAUUAGAAGGUAUUUUUUUCAAUACCCAUUAAAUUAAUGCGUGGAGAGAAAUCUUUAAAGUUACUAAAGGAACUCUGAUGAUAAAUUCUAUUUCAGAGGUAGUGUUUUGGAGGUUAAAAUUUAAUUUAUUCAUAAAAAUAUACAUAAUAAUUUUAUGUCUACUAAAGUAAAAGAGAUUUAAUCAUAUUAGUUUAGCCUAAUAUUUAGAUAUAAUGUAGUUGUACUCAAUUAUGAUCAUACAUUUGAGCGCAGAGGUUAUCCCAGAUUGUCAUUUACAGAUAGAUGAUUUUCUUUUUUGACCAAGAGAUUUACAUCAUAUUAAUUCGCUCUAUAGAACUGUAUUGUUACAAUCAUAACGUUAAAAUUAAAGACACCAAAACAGAGGUGGAAAAGUGGAGGUGUAAAUUGAUUGAUGUGCCAUACACCAUUCUGAUAAUUUGUAUUUGAGCAUGACAAUUGUCUUACAAUAAGGUCAGACAGUAACCCUGCAAAGCGUGAAUUUUUCAUUUUCCUAGAGAGGUGAUCUUGUAAGCCUUACUGUGCUUUUCAGUAACAUGCGAACCUAAAGUCAAAACUUUAACCAAUGUUUCACGUUUUUUUGCUUCUGUCAAUCACCCUGACAAACUACUCAGGAAACACAGCUUUUCUUCAGCAGCUUUUAAAGGUCAUGUCUGUCAGUUGUGAUAUCUAGAUUUUGAAUUCAUUUUGCUUGUUUUGUUUUGUUGUAAUUAAGAUUGACAGAAGCAAAAACCAUAACUGGUUCCAUUCUUUGACUUUUGAGUUUCCAUGUUAUUGAAAUUGUUAAAGAGAGGUUCCCAUACAUUUUAGUUUACUUUCGAAUGUGUCAUAAAGUGCACACUGUAAGUCUGCUUUGACUGUAAUAAUUGUCCACUCACAUGCCAUGGCAGAAUAUUAUUGCAAACAUCAAUCUCAUCACCAGAGCCUUCAGAUCUUACAGCUACACAUGACCCAACGCUCUUCUCAUCCAUUUUCAUGCUUAUUAGAGAAGAGGACUGAGAUUAAGAAUGUGCAAACGUCUGACUAUCCUUUCAAAUCCUACUUCACCUUGCAAUUUUGUCAGUUUUGUAAGCAGUUUUUUAUCCUUAAACCUUUUGAUGACGUUGAAUGUCCAUCGUAUUGUUAAAACUUGUUACUGCUUCAGUGUCCUUUUCAGGCGCUGGUUCAGUGUUCAAAGGAUGGAUAGCGCUAUCUACCAAAUAUAUCACUUUCCAGUGGAUAAGUAUUAGGGACACCAAUGACUUGUAUUUAUGAAAUGGAUGGCAUUACCCACCGUUUGAAUAGAUGGUGAUUUCACUAACCAUACCUCCUUGAAACAACAUGGCUUUUACAUAAAUUCCAUUUCUUAUUAUCACUAUUUCCGUGGUACACUCAUUGCUUUGCGAAGUGUAACACAGUUUGUUUGAACUCUUUGCAUGGUGUUGCGACUAAGUUCUGCUUCCUCUUGUCCUUUUCUAACUGUUGCUUGAUAAUCCAGUUGUAACAUUUCCGAAUCUAAUGGAAUGGCAUUUACACCGGAGGACCGGAGCUUUUCGUGAAGCGUGUCUGUCAGUUUGGACAAGCCAUCCAAGUCAG